AUAAUAAAUGGACUUAAAGAAACUCAACAUUUUCUCUUCUCUGUCCAUUGGCGGAGAAUGAAAAGGAGCGUGGCACCAUCAUACGCACAUCUAUAAAAAUGUGCUUGCCUUGGGUACAUGGUCCAUGUUUUGGCUCUCUGCAUUUGAUAAGCUCCAUCAAGGCUAAUUUUCUGGGUAGUAAUAGUAGUAGUCUUCCUCUUUAUAUUUUUUUUACUAGCUGCAUCAAAGCUAUCUUCCAGCUUUAAGGGAUUAGCUAAUGGUAACAAUGAUUCCUUCAGUAAAAGCGAUGCUCGGUUCAUUUGCCUUUGCAAUAUUCUGGGUUUUGGCAGUUUUCCCUGCUUUUCCACUUCUGCCAAUUGGGAGGAGUGGAGGGUCUCUUCUAGGGGCUGUACUCAUGGUCGUUUUCGAGGUAACAUCCCCUGCUCAAGCUUAUGCUUCAAUUGAUCUUUCAAUUCUUGCUUUUCUUUUUGGAACAAUGGUGGUAGGUGUCUAUCUUGAAAGAGCAGAUGCAUUUGAGUACGUGGAAGAAUUGCUGUCAUGGAAGAGCCAAGGAGCUAAAGAUUUAAUUUUUCGGAUUUGCUUGGUAUCUGCCAUUACAAGUGCCUUUUUCACUAAUGACACCUCUCGCAUUGUCUUGACUGAACUGGUACUGAAAACUGCAAGAAAACAUAACCUCCCUCCUCACCCUUUUCUACUUGCUGUGGACUCAAGUGCAAAUAUAGGAUCUUCAGCAACUCCAAUUGGCAACCUUCAAAAUCUGGUUAUAGCUACAAAAGCAAAUCUUUCAUUUGGGACUUUCUUAGUUGGAAUUUUACCUGCAGCGCUUACAGGAAUUAUUUUGAAUUAUGUACUUCUCCUAUGCAUAUUCUGGAGACAGCUUUCUUCUGGUAACAGUGGAGGAGAACAUGCAUAUGAAGAAAUUGUCGCUGAGGGUGAUAUGAGUUUUCACAGGUUAUCCCCAGGCCCAGUUCCACAAUUCACACAUCUACAUUUUCAAGAAACAGGCUCUGGAUUGGAUAUGCAAGAUUUGACUCCUAAAGGGGAUUUUAGGCACCGAAGUUGUCUCAGUGAGAUUGACAUACUUCCCAUUGUUGGUUCAGAAUCCCCUGGAAAUUCAAGUACGCAUUCAAAUCGGAGAAGCAUGUUCUGGAAAUCUUGUGUUUACCUAAUAACCACAGGGAUGAUUACUGCUUUGAUUUCGGGUAUGAAUAUGUCAUGGACUGCACUAACGUCUGCACUUGCUCUCGCUGUUCUGGAUUUCAAGGAUGCUCAGCCAUGCCUGGAUAAGGUGUCCUAUUCACUUUUAGUUUUUUUUUGUGGGAUGUUCAUGACAAUCGAUGGCUUCGAGAAAGCUGGAAUUCCAAGAUAUUUAUGGGAGAUGAUGGAGCCCUAUGCACAAAUUGACCAUGCCAAAGGAAUAACAAUUCUUGCACUCGUCGUCCUUGUUCUGUCCAACUCAAUCUCAAAUGUAACAACUGUUUUGUUGCUGGGGGAAAAGAUGGCAGCAUCAGCGGCAACUAUUUCUCCUUUGUAUGCGAAGAAGGCGUGGUUGAUUUUAGCAUGGGCCAGCACUGUGUCUCCAAACCUCUCACUUGUGGGUUCUGGUGCCAAUUUGAUAGUUUGCGAGAACGCUCGUGCCAAAGCCCCCCUUGCUUAUAAUUUAUCUUUCUGGAGCCAUCUCAAAUUUGGUGUCCCUUCCACUGUUAUGGUCAUUGCCAUUGGCUUGACACUAGUAGGAUAAAUAAUUUACUGCUGCUUCACCAUCCUUCUUUUUCUUCAUAAUCAAAAAUUACAUCAAUUUCUUACAAUUAUAAAUAAUUUAUUGCAAUUAAUAUGAUUUCCUAAAAUUAUUGUAUUCUUGUAAUGUCUUUUCAUUUUAGUUUAUAUUAAUUUCAGAAUUCAAGCGAUUAUAUCCA